AUGAAUCAACCGGCCACCUACACGCACCUCGAGUCGCUGGAACUAUAUCGGGCGGUGGCCAUAGAAGGCGUCGGUCCCGGCGCGUGGGAGCGCGUGUCCAAGAGACUUACCAACAAUGUCUGGAUCAAGGGCGACGAGACGUUUGACGAGGCGCGGCUGAAGCCCGGCCUGCUGGAGUCACGCUUCCUGCGUAUCUUUUACCAAGAAGUAUACGGAGGAACCGAGCAGCAGCACCAAGAUGGCUCGUCGUCCGGUGGUCCGUCCAAUAAGAAGAGAAAGGUCGAUGACGGCACGUCUAUGCCCAUCGCCACAUAUGCCAACGUCCUCGAGCACUUCUCACAGGUGCCUGUCGUCUAUCAACGCCUGUGGGAGCGCUACAAGGCCCACAAGAUCAAGCAGAUUCGCGAAGACGAGCAGUCGUACGACCAGAUCCAGCGCGAUCUCCGCAUCAUAGAGAAGAGCGAGGCCGAGAGGUUGAGAGCUCUGGCGGCGGCUAACCAGUCCGCCGCCGCAGCUGCUCAGCACCAGGUUCAGCAGGGCCAGGGACAAGCACACGCACACGGACAGCCGACGCUGGCUCCCAAGGAGGUCAGGCCCGCACCGUCUCCGAGCCCGGCUUCGCCAGCGACUCCCGCUGGUAUUAAGCGACCGACACCUGUUGCUCCUCCGAGACCCCAAGCUCCCAACCUCGCACCGUCCGGCACUCCGCCGACGACGGCCGCUCGACCCCCCAUCACCGCCCCCCCUACUCCCGGUUCCGUUCUGCAGGCGCCUACCGGCGUUAUCGGCCAGCAACCGCAACAGCAGCAGCCACACCAGCUCCAGCAACAACAAGCCUCUCGCGUCCCUCAGGCUCCUUCUCCCGCGCCAAAGGUCCCCAUCUCUCCGCGGCCCGACGUUGCAGACAAGCCCAAAGAUGGAAACGCUGCUGCACCGCGGUCGACGACGCCGUCGCAGGGUACCCUCAAGUGGGAGAAGCCUUACCAGCCUCCUGGACCGACUCAACCCCCUCCCGGACGACAGACACAUUCGCCUGCACCUCUUCCAAGGGCCGCCACGCCACAGCAAUAUGCCCAGAAUCAACAGCAAUGGCAGCAGCAGCAGCAGCAGCAGCAGCAACAGCACCACCAGCAGCAACAGAACCUCCAGCAGCAGCAGCACCUCCAGCAACAGAAGCACCACCAGCAACAGAAGCACCACCAGCAAACGCAGCAGCAAGCGCAGCAGCAAGCACAGACCCAUGCUCAGGGACAGGCCACAGCCCCUCCGCCGCAGCAGGCCAAACCCACCCAUUCCCAAGCACAGGUGAAGCCGCCGGUCCUGCUACCGCCUCAAAAUACCGGGCACACGGUGCCCCGACUUCAACCAGGUCCCCCGCGACUAACCGGCAUUGUCCCAUCACCUUCACCACAGCCCCAACAACAACAACCUCAACAACCGCCAACACGACCACAGUCAAACACUCCUGUACCGCCCCCACACCGUCCUAUCCAGCCGCAGCAACCGCAGCAACAGCAGCAGGCGACCCUGCAACAACCACGACCUAUCGCCUCAGCACCACCAACCACGCCAGGUGGUGCCGCUGCCCCUCCUCAGCGAUGGCCGAUGGGACACAUGGCCCAGGCCCAGGCCCAGCGGGGCUCGCAGUCCGUCUCGCCAGCACCGCAGAAAGACAAGCCGAAUGCUUCGCCCUACGGGUCCCAACCACCUCGUCCAGCUAUCCCCGAACACAUGAUUCGGCACGCGGCCACGCCUAACAGACGACAGAGCGCGUCGGCAGCGCCGCAGCCGCAGCCACAGCCGCAGCCGCAGCCGCAGCCGCAGCCGACACCAACGACGCCCGUGCAGACCACCCCGACACCGACGACGUUGGUGCGUGGCUUCGGGACUAAAUGGGCUCCGCAGUCUACGCCAUCAACGCCCGGUCCGCUCAACGACGAGCCCGCGAGCCCGGCCUACGAACCCGUCAGCCCGCCACAACGCCCGGCCACCGUCUCACGGUCAGUCACGACCCCGACGCUCAAGCAGUCCACGCCCAGCCAUCCUCGCAGCCUGCCCGCAAUAAGAAAGAAGCGGGAACGGAUUAAGAAGCUGCGGGAUGCGACGGGGACACCGUCCGGCGAAGGUCGGCGGCGCAGCGAGUCGGUCGCCUCUGGAGCCGACGAGCUGGCCCUGGACCAUCCGGACACGAUUGCUAAAGUCAAGGAUGAGGACGCGACGCCGCGGCCGCACGACGAAGCGGGUGAUACGACAGCGGACGAAAGCGGCGGUGGCCCUGGACGAGGCGCGGCAACAACCCCUGGCAGCAGCAUCUCUAGAAUUCUCAAGCGCAAGAGGCAGGAGACGCCGCCCUCACCGCCGGGCCCGCCCUCAGAGGUUCUCUGGACGCGCGGCUUCACCAAGGUAUCCUCGUCGGCGCUGGACCAGAUCUCGUCGCACCGCGACGGCAACAUGUUUGCCACGGCGGUGCGCGAGAAGGACGCCCCAAACUACAGGCAGGUGGUGCUGCAGCCGCAGGACAUAACAUCGAUCCGGUCUGCCAUCAAGCAGGGGAACAAGGCAGCAGUGCAGGCAGCAGCCUCUUUGCCAGGCGGCGACCCCGGAACGGCCAGCGUGUGGCUCCCCAUCUCCGGCGACCUCCUCCCUCCCCGGGGCAUCAUCAACAGCGCCCAGCUGGAGCGCGAGCUGGUGCACAUGUUCUGCAACGCAAUCAUGUACAACCCGGAUCCCGACCGCGGACCCGGCCCAGGCUUCAUGAAGCGCUCCCAGGAAGAGGAGGAGGAGGUUUUCGGGUACCGCCUCGAUGAGAACGGCGUCGUGCGCAACACCCAGAGCAUGUUUGUCGAGGUGGAGAAGCUGCUCGGCGACCUGCGCAGUGCGGAGAGGGAGCGUACGGGCCCUCCACCGCCCGCGCCGUCCAGCGUCACACCCAGACCGGGGAGCAGCGUCGUGGCCACACCUGCGGACGACACCGCAGAGGAAGAAGACGAGUUGGCUGCCGACGGGGUAGAUAACAGCAUCAGUAACGGUGGUUCGGCGGUAGCGUCACUGUCGGCGGCGACCGUCAAAAGAAGGCGUACAGCCAUGAGAACUUAG